GGUCGACACCAUGAGGCAAUGGACGAAUAGCCAGCCCCAUCUACCCAAAGACACAUCGGAUGGCCUGCUCCUUCGGUUCCUACACAGCUGUUACUACGAUCUGGAGAAGGCGAAAACAGCUGCAGAGCUCUUCUUCACCAUCAGAGGAUCUUCACCAGAUCUGUUGAGUAACAGAGACCCAGAAUCGCCUGCUAUAAAGAAAACUUUUAGUAUAAUAAACCGAGCCCAGCUUCAUAUAUCAGGAAACAGGAACCUCUGGAUUUGGCAGCUUAAUGACCCGGGUCUUGAUAAUUACGACUAUCUCCAAGAUGCCAAGAUUUUCAUACUGACCACAGACGCCUGGUUGCUGGAGGACAGCACGCUGCAAGAAGCAGACAUAAUCCUCAUGGAUGCCAAAGAUAUAUCCUUAAAGAUGCUAACUAAAUUUAAUAUGUCCGUGGGAAGGCGGAUAUCGAGAUAUCAAGAGGAUGCGAUGCCGAUAAGAUUGAAAGAGAUCCACCUGGUAAACGUGCCCUCGAUCAUGGACAAACUGUUCGCUGUGAUGAAGCCUCUAAUGAAGCAGGAGAUCACCGAUAUGAUACAUUUCCAUACAUCCACAUCGAGUACACUGUUCCAGUAUUUGAGUAAGGAAGAUCUGCCAGAAGACUUCGGCGGCACGAAUGGAAAAAUGGCAGACCAUACGAAAGAUGCCCUCGAUUUGGUUAUCAAACACAGGGAAAAACUGAACAGCGAUUUAUGGAUGGCGGUGGGCAAAAAAUCAAAAAACAAGAAGGAGAAGGAAAAAAGUGCAGAAGUUACUACGGGUUUCCGGAGUCUUGCCAUUGAUUAGUAUUUAUUUCAGUACAUGAAAAUGUAUCAAAUUAUGCCUAAGCU